CAUAAAAUUCGGAAGCACGGAUACUGGAAGAUCACCUUCACAGAAGCACUGGAAGUGUUUGGGCUUUGAAAGACGGCAGGCCGUUGGGAACUGUGCUGCCUGGAGAGACUUUUGAGUACAGAAAAGAAGAAAAAGCAAUGACUUGUUGGGAUCUGGAUGGGGCUAGUCUGCUGUAAAGAACCUUCCCAUGUAAUGGAAAGGAACAGGAACCCAAUUCCUGAGAUGUACCCGAGGAAACCUGAGCCAGGUGUGCCAAAGCCAGAGAGAGCAGGAAAUGUGGAUUCCCCUGUGAAAUUUAAGAACCAGGACUUUGCUCAGUUGAGAUACCAGUGCCUGAAUCAUGGUGUUCUUUUUCAAGAUGAGACAUUCCCUGCAAACCUCAGUUCUAUCGGACCCUUGCCCUUUCUAGAGAACCCGUAUAUAAUCGAGUGGCGGAGACCAACUGAGAUCCUCUCAUACCAGAGCCCGCUUUUGAUUGUGGAUUCUGUGAGCAGAUUUGAUAUUCUUCAAGGGCCUAUAGGUGAUUGUUGGGUUCUAGCAGCUCUUGGUUCUUUGACCUUACAACCACGGUUCCUGGAAAACGUAAUUCCAAGAGACCAAGGAUUCCGACACGAUUAUGCAGGGAUUUUUCAUUUCCGGUUCUGGUACCUUGGAGACUGGCUGGAUGUGGUGAUAGAUGACCGACUGCCUUUUAUCAAUGGAGAAUACUUAUCCGUUCAUCCCCGGAGCAGAAAUGAAUUCUGGCCGCCACUGCUUGAAAAAGCCUAUGCCAAAUUGCACGGUUCCUAUCGGAAGUUGCACAUGGGCUACAUUUCUGAGGCUUUAGUGGACUUCACAGGCGGGGUCCAGAUAUCUUUGGACCUUGCUCGCCCUUCCUCUUAUCUGUAUGAGGUAGUGAAAGCCGCUGCCAAGUCAGGUUGCCUCAUGGGAUGCGUCACUCCUCCAGUGAGAGGUUAUAGCUAUACUUUCUCCAUUCAGAAAAAUGACGUAAACGAGAAGAAUGGAAUUGUUCAAGGCCAUGCCUACACUGUUGUGGAGACUGCAGAGGUUCCCUAUAUGGGUAUGACGGAACGUCUAAUUAGACUUUGGAAUCCUUACGGUCAUAAGGAGUGGAUUGGAGCUUGGAGUGAUCGUUCCAUGGAAUGGGAUCGAGUCCCGAAGCAAUACAAGAAAUAUCUGUAUGAAGACAAGGAUAACGGCGAGUUCUGGAUGUCAUAUGAAGAUUUCCAAGAACAUUUUUUAUUAUUGCAUGUUUGCAAUAAUGUGCCAACCUUCCUAGACUUUGGAGCGCAAAGAAGCAACAUGUGGUCUGUGCAAACGCAUGUCGACAGAUGGGUUCAAGGGCUCUCCCCAGAAGGUGCCUUUUCCAGAAACCCUCGGUAUUUAAUUCAGGUGCAGGAGCCAGACAUGAAAAAUUCCAAUGUUGUGGUAUCACUGACACAGAAACUCGUAAAUGAUACAAGGAGUCCACAACCUCCAGGCAUCCGUUUUGUAAUACUCAAGCCCCUUGCAGUGGCUGAUAAGGUGCUUCCAAAAUGUGAGAGAACCUUGGAAGUAUCCUCUGCCAUAAGAAGAGGGGCUUGGACAAGAAAGGUUGAGGAGAGUCUCCAGCACACAGAAAUGAGUUCAAGAACCCAAGAGGAUAGAACCACCAUUUACGACAAGGGAUUCAUAAAACAACGAGAUGUCACUAAGAUAUUUCAGUUGAGCCCUGGGAACUACAUCAUUAUUCCAGAAAUAUCACAAGGAGGCCAAGAGUCAGAAUUCAUUCUACGAAUCUUUCUAAAGAACCAAAACAACUACAGGGCGCCAAAUACUGAGCUGAGUCCAGUGGUAACAGAGGGAGAAUUCGCACUAGAAGUGGAGCAAGACUCUUCCAAAGAGCAGAAUGUAGUGAAAGACAAGGAUAUGAUGGCUGUGUUUGGACAAUCGUAUCUUGGCUUAGAGAACUGGGGCAUAAGUGAAGCAAAGGAAACUACCGUUGUGCCCAAGUGGAAUCAAGACAACUCCUAUGAAAAUAUCUUCCUAAGAUAUGCUAAUCAGGCCUCUUACUUGGAUGCCUCACAGCUGCAAGGAAUUUUGAAUGAAAUAGUCCAGAAAGAUCUAAUGGCCAGUCGGGGAAGCGGAGAUGGAUUCAGCUUCGAUUCGUGCAGGAGCCUUUUAGCUCUGAUGGAUGCCAAUGGUAAUGGAAGACUCACGCUGCAAGAGUUUGAAAAGCUUCGGCGAAAUCUCUAUAAGUAUAAGGACAUUUUUGAAAGAGAGGAUGAAAAUAAUUCUGGAUUCCUAUAUAUUUCCAAUUUGAGAAAAGUAAUAGAGCAAGAAGGUCUGUUCACCGAUGACACAUCCCUCCAGCUGAUGACCGUCCGAUACGGUGACUCCUUGAUGAGGAUAAACUUUCCUGAUUUUGUGUGCUGCAUGGUUCGUCUUGAGACCAUGGCAAAGGCAUUUCGCAAUUUAUCUGCGGAUGGGAGAGGAAUCUAUUUCACUGAAGAUCAGGCAAGUGGUGCUUAAUUCCAUCUUCCUCUUUUCCAUUAUUGUUCAUAGUAGCUUGUUUUUAUCCUUGGAAACCAAAUGCCUUCCCCCCUCAAAUGAGAUUGAAACAGGUUUA